AUGGAGAGAAAUGAGAAGAGACAGAGAAGUUGGAAGAGCAUUGGUGAGAUGCUGCAAAUAGAGCAGGAGGAAGAAAAUGAGGUGGUGAGCCUGGGACAAGAGGUGGAGGAUGAAGAGGAGCUGGAGAUCUCCAACACUGAGGAUGAGGAGGAGCAAGGAUGGACUCCCCUUAUUCAUGCCUGUUAUAAGGGCGAGACUGAGGUGGUACAGCAGUUGCUGAGGAGCGGGUCUGAUGUGACCCUGUGUAACAGCAGCCAGCAGACAGCGCUCCAUUUAAGCCCUACAGAGCUCCUGGAAAAAGUGUUGGGGUGGAUUUCGAGGCCUCAUCUGCAUCCCCAAGCACAGCUGCUGCAGGCUGCCUGGCAGGGAGACCUGCACUCCUUACAGCACCUGCUGGUUCAGACAGACGAGGUGGAUGUGAAUGUACCUAAUAGCGACGGCGUGACAUCUGUGAUGCUUGCUGUCAGAGACAUUGACCUGUUCGAGGGCAUGGCGACCCUGUUGCCAUGGGAAUACAGACCAGUGGAAGUGAUCAAGGAACUGCUGAGAGUUUUAGCUGAUCUGCGGGUUCGAGACGACAGCGGUUGUUCUGCUCUUCACUACGCUGCUAACAUCAACAGCCCUCUGAAGGAGGAGAUCAUUCACAUGAUGCUUGAGGUCCUAAAUCACACAGAUGCCACCUUGGUGUCACCCCUGGCACUGGACAAAUACUCUUUUUGCCAAGAGCUGGACUCAGAGCUUGGAGAUUUGGACUUAGAGUUGGACCUUGAGAGUCUUUAUACUGAUCAGUCGACAGCAGUCUCCCCGACUCAGACACCAAUCCAUCACCACCGGGUUUUGCUGUACAGCCACAGUGGGGAAGCGCUAGAGUCUCCAGGGAGUCUUGCUCAAUCUGACCAUCAUAAAGACCUUAACCAAGAUAAGGGGAUCCCCCUGUAUUUCCAAAACGCCAUGGAAACACUGACAGACCUCAGGCAAGCUUACCGGGAUGCAGGGACGGGAAGCAGAGGAGGCUUGUCUCUGCCGAGCCUGGGCCACACCACCAGACGCUGGGGCCAUGUGGAUCCUCCUUCCUCAUCUGGCUUGCUGACAAUGCGGAGCCCCUGCCUGCCUGUACCUCCUACACACAGGCAGAGAAAAAGAAGUGUGUUUGCUGCAUCUUCAUCCUCCUCAAGACUGCUGUCUGUGGCUGAGCCCACCAAGCUCAGCCAAUCAGCUCCCAGCAUCAUGGAACCGCUACAGUGUCCGACCACUAUGAUCCAGGCCGGGACACAUAUCCAGAGCCGGCACGGUUCUCAUGAAACUAUUAAUCAGCAAAAGCUCUCACAGGGUCUUUUGCCGGCUCUGCACCCCAAUGCUCUUCCCCGCACACCCAAACUGUUGGCACCCUUGGAUGGCAGGCCUACAGGCAGCGCUGCUCUGCCGGUGCUAAAGCACCACAUUCCCCUGAAGCCUAUCAGCCAGAGCCCUCUUUGCUCCAGGACCUGGCUGAGGAGAGAGAGGCUCUCCUGGGGCAGCCCACGUAUUGGCCCUCUCACCACUAAGGGUGGCAGCGAGGAGAGCGGGUCCAGUAGCAGCAGCCAGAGUUCCAUCGAUCUGGAGGACGAGGAUGUGGAAGAUGCGAGGGAUCUACACGAAAGACCGUCAGAAGACAGCCAUCUGAAAUUAAUUGAGGACAAGUUUUUGAAGAAUUCAAAAGAUAUCAGCACACAUCCAGAACGGAGAGCCUAUCAGUCACACAAAUGA